GCUGCCGUGCACGCACUGCGUGUAUCAUAGGUACGUAGGCUCGCUGCAGGCCAAAGCGCCACUUCGAUCACACCCCGCGACCAGUUUCUCGCUUCGUCACAUUCUUUGCUCUUUCAACUCGAGACCACUCUUGACCAUACCAUUUACUCAAUUGUCUCAACGGCCAGCCCCGUAUUGCUGAAUCUUUACUGCAACUCCUCUCUGUACACAUUCUCGCCAUUGCCACGCCACGCCGACCGGACGCUGUCUGCAGACCUCAAACCAAUUUCACCUCGAGCCGGAUCUUCACACAUUCCUUCGAGUACGAGUAUUCCAUCUUGCCGCAUGCAAUUGCGGGCAUCAACAUGAGUUGUGCGGUACCGACAGUCACGGUUGAGUCGUCGUCAGGUAGCCGUGCGUCGAGCACUGCCCGUUAUGACGAGCGCAGCUCUUUACUCGCCCGCGGUCGACGACACUCCUACAACACCUCGGCACGGCGACAGUCGAGCGUCUGCAAUGCCGAUGCAGUAUUCCUGAGGGUCGAUCUAUUUCUCGCAGAAUUAAAGCACCGAUUAGACAGAUUGGAAAAGUACAGGCAAGAGAGUCUCGUGAGUUUCGACAACCAGCUCGAGCGUGCCUACCAAGUCUUAAGAGAAGUACGAGAUUCCUGCUCACCAUAUCACACUGGCGAGGUCCUAUGGGGUGCUGCCCGCCACCGUGCCAACAUUGCUGUGGAAACCUUCGAGAACCGAUACAAUGAUCUCGUACCUAGUCGGGAAACAUUGGAACAGAAGGCUCAAGUGAGCCUGCGAUUGAUGGAGAACUUCCUGUCAGAGUUGGAAACAGGAGCACAUUCUCGCAAAAAGCAGUUGAUUGAUUCUGGCUGGAGAAAGGUUGACGAUUCGAUUGCGGCGACCAGAGAAAUAAUUGAAGAAGGUUUCGACAAAGCUCUCCGUGCUACGGAUCUCCUUACCGAGUCGAUUUCUCACGCAUUGAGCCGUGCUGCCGAGACCAGGCUCAUUCAUUACAAUGACUUACCAGUUCCCUGGCGGAACAAUCCACAUAUCCUUCGCGGCUACCGAUUCAACAAGACAAAGAUUGAGUGUGUCACCUCGAUGUUUCGACCUUCGAAUGAGAUGGUCAAUAUCUGGUCUCAUACCAUUGGACUGUUCAUCGUCCUCGCUAUUGCCUUCUACUGGUAUCCUUCUUCGUCGACCUUUCCACUUUCCAGCAAAUGGGACGUUCUCAUUGCGGCAUGCUUCUUUAUUGCAGCCUGCAAGUGUCUGAUCUGCUCAGUCAUGUGGCAUACAAUGAACAGUAUCGCUGACAAAUGUCUACUUGAUCGAUUUGCUUGCGUCGACUACACUGGCAUUUCAUUCUUGGUCGCCGCCAGCAUCUUGAGCACUGAAUGGACCGCUUUCUACUGUGAACCAGUAUCUCGCUCAAUCUACAUGACCAUGACAGCGAUCUUGGGGAUAGCGGGCGUCAUUUUACCAUGGCGGGAGAGCUUUAAUCGAGCAGACAUGGCAUGGGCUCGUGUGGCUUUCUUCGUCACUCUUGCGGUCACCGGCUUUGCGCCCGUGUUGCAAUUGAACUAUACACGAGGUCCUGCAUGGACCUUCUAUUUUUAUGCGCCGGUGGCCAAGAGUCUCAUGGUAUAUCUGACGGGCGCCAUUAUAUAUGCCAGCCAGAUACCUGAAAAAUGGAGCCCUGGCUUGUUCGAUUAUGUUGGUGGCAGUCACAACAUUUGGCAUAUGGCGGUUCUGGGUGGUAUCCUGUUUCACUACACGGCCAUGCAGGAGUUCUUUCAGGGAGCAUUCAAUCGAGCUAGUGAUGGCUGCUGCAUCGGAUAAGAGCCUUUCAUGCGUAACUGAGGCGGGCUACAAAAAUGCAUAAGUCUGUAUAUUAUCUUCAUUGGACGAACAGCACUAUUUGAGUGGUUUUGGGACUAUAUCCUGCAUUGCAGCGAAUCCUCGGUUUCCAGUUACACCCUGACAAAAGCGUAAAUUGAUUGCAUACAGUGCUCGCAUCACUAUACCGAUUGUGCAAUUCUCAAUAUCUUCUCGCAUGGCUCAUCCAUGAAUAGGCAGCACCAUCCCACAAAAUGUUGUUGACUUGCGCCCAUCAAGACUCGAUGGGUGGUGCAAUAAGUGAGUGGUUGGUCGAUGACAAGGCUGACGCCAUUGCAAUUCAAGAUCACGUGAACGACUGACUUGCCUGCGCCUUCUCCAUCAAUAUCCGCC